AUGUCUCACAACUGUGAACACGAACACGACCAUGGGCAUGGGCACGACGACAACCCACCUUUACCGACGGCGGAAGCGCAAUCUCUGUUUCCCUUUAUCAAUACACCCAAUGUGCGAUGUUUCAACGCAGUUGGCCAUGGCUCCAACGAUCUCAGCAAAUGUUUCCUUAAAAGCCAAGACGAUAAGUGCGAUGUGUCCAAGUAUUUGGGGAGCGAUGCGGACUGUCAGCUAAUUUUGCAUAUUCCGUUCACUGUGGUGUGUCGGGUGUUUUCGCUUGUCGUCAGAUUCAGCAGGACAGGCAAUGGCAUCGGAUCUCCAAAGACAAUCAAAAUAUUCAAAAACUACAAUAAAAGUAUUGAUUUCGACACAAUUGCAGACUCAAAGCCGGUGCACACGAUUGAAAACCCAGAGAACGCCGGAAUCGAUGGCGAUGUAGCCGACAGUGUCGCUACCGUGGGAGAUGAGUACGGAUUUGUUGAACACUUUUUGCCACGGCAGCACUUCCAGAACGCGGAAUCAUUGACGGUGUUGAUCGAGGAUAACUGGAGUGGUGACGAGGACGAUCUGACGAGAUGUUUCUAUUUAGAGCUACGAGGCGAAAAUUCGGGCCAGAAGCGAACCAACGACGGCGUUCCGCUCCUGGCUGUUUAUGAGGCUGCUCCAAACCCACUGGAUCACCAACGCGUCGACGAAGUUGGCGGCUCCACUCUGGGGGUAUGA